AUGGACGAACCAGUCCCUGGAUUACCUCUCGCGCCCGCUUCUGGCAAUCAUAAUACGAACAUACCAGAAACAAACACGACACCGACGCAGAUUCUUCCACGACCAUCACCCCAAGCCAACGUGACCUUUGCUAGCCUCAUGGCCAACUUGAACACCCACUCACAGCCCGAUAUCACCCAGCCACCAUCCAAGCGUGUCAGACUGGAAGAACCCAACACUGAUGCCGCUGUUCAAGAUGAACCUCUUACGCCUUCGCUGCACGACAGCCCAGGAGAUCCCACACGUCCGGAAAGCUUCUUUGACUGUCAAGCCGAGAGGAAACUUGCAGGCUACCUUGGUUUCAUAUCAACGUCUGAACUGCAUAUUUGCGCAAUCUCAUGGCCCCUUCUGCGCGCCACCGUCGCCAUCCACCCAAUUCUUCACAAGCUCAACAAAGAACUGGCGCUUGCUCUAAUCCGCGAUGCUGAGCGCAUUGGAGAGGCAGCAGCAAUUGACAAGGGCUGGUCCUUGCUCACUUCUGAUGGCAAGGGUAUCUCAAAUGCAAAGAAGGCCGAGCACCUCACCAUUGUGCUGAUCAACUUGAAAUCUGAUCUGGCCACCAUGUCCGCCGCUUCAGACAAGCAAAAUCAGCUGCAACACCAACAUGAUUGUCAGAAGUUCAAUGCACAAUACCCCACUCACAACUGCCCUCAGAUCAGCUACCCUGUCAGACCUCCCAUUCUAUCACCAUUGGCAGGUGAGGAUUUUCUCGAAGGUUAUAAUCGAUGUUUUCUGCUUCUUCGACACAUGCGAAACAUUCUGAAGACGAACGUGUUUGACACCAGAUACAAGAACGACGGCUUCAAGUCCGGUCAUCCUAUCAAUGAUGAACACAAACCGGCAUGGAUGCGUUUAGCUGGUCCAUCCAUAGUUACCACCACGACAAGGCGAGCAAGCCAUACCGCUACCACUCAAAACGCAGAUCUCACUACGCCUCGUCACCUGGCCGCUCCGUUCAGCUACUCUGCUAUAUCCAGUAUCGAGACAAAACCCCAGUACAUCCUCACUACCAGACUCUCCCUACCAACCGAUACUAUCCACCCUGACAAGGCGGCUACCAACAUCGCUUGCACAUCAAAGUCCGUUGCUGUUAUCUGGGACCAUGAUCUAGAACCCUCAUCCACAAAACCAGGACUCAAGCGCGCCAUGACUCGAGCUCAAGAAAAAGGCGUCGAUCCUCCUUCCGAACUACAGAAGCUAAGAAAAGACCCAAGACAAAUGGACCGAGAGCCAUUGCUGUACGAGCAAAUCCGAAUCCAAUUCAGAUGUCAGUUUCUCGGCAUCGAUCUGUGUAAGCUUUUGUUGCAGUACACGACUUCGGCGUUCGGGGACACUGUGACGGUCAAGCAAAAUCUUCAAGACGAGUCUUGGGCUGAUACGCAAGCUGCUCUUGCUGAUCCCGAUAAUCGCGGGUUUGUUUUUCGCGUGGGCUUUUUUUGCUGUGGAGGAUUAGAGUGGUGUGAAGUGAGAUGCUCGGGUGGUGGGCUUUGGGAGGGGGGAAAGGGGUGGCUCACACGAAAAAGAUCAAAGUAG